AUGGAUCUUUAUGGGCUCGGCCUGUGUGUUCCCUGUUCUCAGUCUGUUCUCAGUCGUGUGUCUGUGCCCACAGAUGUGUUCCAGGUGAUUGGCCCCUCCAAACCCAUAGUAGCAGUGUUGGGUGGUGAUGCUAUUCUGCCCUGCUUCCUGUAUCCAGCCAUGAAUGCAGAAGACAUGGAGCUGUGGUGGUUCCGUUCCACAUUCACAGAAGCAGUGCUUGUCUAUCAUAAUGGCCAGGAGCUGGAUGAAGAGCAGCUGCCCCAGUAUGCAGGGCGGACCUCACUGGUGAGGGGACUUCUUUCCCAAGGCAAGGCUGCUGUGCACAUCCAGAACAUACAGGUUUCAGACAAUGGCAAGUACACUUGCCUCUUCAAACAAGGAGAACAAUAUGAAGAGGCCAUUUUAGAACUGCAGGUGGCAGGCCUGGGCUCUGCCCCACAAGUGCACAUUGAAGGGCCAGAGAAGGAUGGAGUCCGUGUGGGUUGCAAGGCCUCAGGGUGGUUCCCGAAGCCCCAAGUGCAGUGGAGAGACGUCCGUGGAGGGAAGUUGCUGGAGUUCUCUGAGGACCACACACAAGAUGCAGCAGGGCUGUUCAGCGUGGAGGCUGCUUUGGUGGUCAGAGACAGUUCUGUAGGUAACGUUGCCUGCUCCAUCCUCAAUCCCAUCCUGGGCCAGGAGAAGGUCAUGGCCAUCCCGAUCCCAGAGCCGUUCUUCCCUCAGGCCUCUCCCGGGAAGGCAGCUUUCGCUGUGAGCCUGACUGUGCUGGGGCUGCUACUUGUUGGAGCUGGCUGGGUCACCAAGAGAGAGCAUUCUGCAAAGGUGUGGGAAAGGCAGAGACGGAAGGAUCUGUGCCGGGCUAAGCAAGAAGACCAGCAGGCAAAGGAAGAGGCGCUGAAGUCCAGAGAUGAGCUCCAGGCAGAACUCGGUUGGAGGAAGGCAGCAUUCCGGGCUGGCUGGAGGAAGGCGCAGCUGUAUGCUGAUUGGCGGAAAGAAGAGUUCCAGGCCUGGUCUGUCACUCUGGAUCCAGCCUCUGCCGAUGCUGACCUUGCCAUUUCUCCUGAAAGCACCACUGUGACCUGGAAGGACAAAAAUUUGGGCUUUUGGGAUCAUUCCAGUGCGUUGGGCCUUGAGGAUAUCACAUCAGGAAGAUGUUACUGGGAGGUGGAGAUCAAGGAUGACAGGAGAAGUCAGUGGGCUCUGGGGGUCUGUCAGAAGCAUGUGGAAAGGUCAGUCUUAAUCAGAGAAUCACCAGAGAAGGGAUUUUGGGUUUUGGAGUGUGCUUACCAUGAAUAUUAUGCUUGUCCUGACAAAUCAAGUCCUCUAUUCCUUAGGCAGUAUCCCCGCAGUGUUGGGAUCUUCCUGGACUACAGCGAGGGUGAUGUGUCCUUCUAUAACAUGACAGACGGGUCCCACAUGUUCUCCUUCCCCCCAGCUUUGUUCUCUGGACCCCUCUGCCCAUACUUCAUGUUUAAGUCACAAGAUGUGACCCUGAGCAUCUGCUCCCCAGUGGGUUUUUUGGUUGAAUUUCCUUUGCUGAAGUGA